GAUGCGAACAGCAUAGGCGCAGAUUGUAGCCGGAAGUGCUUCACAGGGUCAUUGGUCCUGCGUACAAUCCUUCAUUUGCAAACGGAACUAAUUCGUAGCCGGCGUGUAAUGUAACAAAAAUAACGAUAACCUGUGUUGUUUUAUGAGCCAUGAGUGCUGCGGGUGAUGACGGGGAGGAAGAGGAGGAUUAUAUGUCUGAUGCCUUCCUCAACUCACUGCAGGAUGUCCGACCAGGGAUGCCAAUGCCAAGAAAUGUCAAGCAAUUGUACCAGAAGGAAGAAAAACAAAAGGAAUGCAAUGUGAAAAACAAGCAAAAGAGUAUAAAAGAAGUGGAAAGGGAAAGGAGAGAGACUGUCCUUAAUGAGGCUUUGGGAAAUGGAAAUAAAGGUUUUGCUAUGCUCCAGAAGAUGGGAUACAAAAAGGGCCAAGCCCUAGGCAAGAAAGGAGAUGGUAUUGUCGAACCUAUUCCUCUUAAUCUGAAAACAGGACGGAGUGGUAUUGGCCACGAUGAAAUGAAGAAAAGGAAAGCAGAAGAGGAGCUAGAAAGUUAUCGCAGGAAGGUCCUGAUGAGGAAGCAGAAUGAGGAGCGGGCUGCUGAUGAUUUUAGGAUGAGGAUGAGAAGUAAAAAAGAGGAAUUGAAACUAGAGGGUGACCUUCGAAGGAGCCAAAGAGCAUGCUUACAGCUUGAUGAACAGAAGGGGGUACAAACUGCUCGAGAGGAAUGGUAUUGGCCAGCAACUGAUGUGCAAAAAGAUGAUGAAGAAACAGAUGAUGAUGAUGAUGAUGACGACGACGAUGAAGACGACCAAGGAGAAGAGCUGAGUACCCCAGACAAGUUGCAGAUCCUGACCAGCUACUUGAGAGGAGAACAUUUUUAUUGCAUCUGGUGCGGAACAGCCUAUCAAGAUGAAGAUGAUUUGCUCUCCAAUUGUCCGGGGAAUACAUCUGAAGACCACGACUGAGAGCUUUUACCAUUAAUAAGCAAGAACUGGAACAUUUACAACGGGGGAAAUGAUAUAGAUUGUACUUUGCAAAGAGAUUGUGUAAAUGGCCAAGUUUCUCGUUGAUAUAGCAAUUCCAUAAUGGUGUGAUACGUUCUUAUCUUGUUCUUCAUGUGGGGUGAGCAUUUUUACUGACCCUGGGAAUAGGGAGUACAACAUUAUUAUCAAACAAUUCAACCUACCCCUUGGGCUCAAGAAAUGUCUAGAGUAGGAGUAGAGACACAAUUUAUACAUAGGAAUACUUGUGUAAUGGUUUUUAACAUGUUGUUAUUAAAUAUUGAGCAGAUUUGUUACAUUUGUAGCACAAGCCUGUACAGAAUUAUAUGGACAUUCUGAAGCUACAAUUUUUAACAAAAAUGAAAUAAAAAAUAUUGAUUGAAC